AUGUACGCUCUCCGUGAUGCACUCCUAAGCCCUUCGCCAAAGGGCCCGUCUGAUAUCCAAAAGGAAGACGAUGCCGCACAUGAUCAGCAUCAAGUCCGUGAAUGCAUCGCUCGCGGCGAAAUUGAAUCACUCCGCUUAGGCGCCUUCAUUAACCAAUCGAACCUGGUAUCGUCAGCGACCGGUACUGCGCCGUGGGGCGACGGAGUAGACUCCCUCGAAGGCUACCUUCACUCGUUGUGGUACAUAUACUAUCAACUGGCUCGCAUUACCUUGCAUGCGACGCCUGAGCAAGAUCGACUAGUCCUUGAUAUCGUUCGCAUUCAGGGACUCGGCCCAUUGACCAGGCCGGUGUCAGGGAACUACGGUAUUGACGUUGCCCGAACAGUCCAAGGCACUCUCUGGAAUGACCUGCCAUUCCUAGUGACCGACAUGACUAGUUUCUGGAUCAACGGAUGUGCGCCCCUUUCCGCUGUGCAUCGCCUUAACUUUGCGUCUUUCUUGGCCAAACUAGCGUCCACCCGCGUGAGUAACCACCGACUGUGCCAGAUGGCUCUGGUCCUGUUUCGCUCGACCUUCGAAGAGGAUCGAGCUCUCUUUGUCCCGGGGAAGCACGAGGAGGAAGAUCCCUCUCGCACCAUGCAGGAUCUCGGCAUAGCAGACUUGCUGCCAGCUGCGUGUGCGUGGAUCCAGGAGGCCAACUACAAUCUCAUCCAACUGUCAGACCUUUUCUGGAAUGAUUGCCCGAGCACGGUUGGCCAGGGCGGCCAGCGCUUUGUCCAGUCAGCGCUGGGCAUGCGAUCCCCCACCGGAUUCACGCCCUGGCGAUGGAUGUACUGGUUAAAGCGUCUUCAUGAGAUCCGGGAAGAGGCACACGAAGCGGACAACAAGCGCCUGAGUAAACACGCAGCGGAUGCUAUCAGCCGUAUGACCAACAAUGUAAAGGAGCGCAACUCGGCGAUUCUACAGGCAUACCAAAGCGGCGGGCAUGAUUUGCGUCAGGACCCACAUUUAAUGUGCUUAGCUGGAGAAACGCCCGGUGAAGAGAGUUAG